GAAUCGGCGUAUGAUGAACUUUAGCACACAUGAUUUUAUUAUACAAUACUAUAUAUUUUAAUUUAGGCUCCUUUGGCGAUUUAAGCCAAGAAAGCAUUGGAAGAACCUGGAAAAGAGAAAAAGGAAACACAGGAAAUUCUCUCUGCGAUGGCCUACGUCGAAAGAGGGGUUGUCAAAUCCAAACGAUCAUUAUGGAGAUUGAGAACAAUCACUGACUUUUUCUGGGCCAUUGUCAACUUCAUUGGGGUGUUCUUCACGACAAUGUUCUCGAUGGAAAAGACAGAUGCAUACCGGAAGGGCUCUGGUGGAAGUAAGAAAUGGGAUGGUGGCGGCCCUGGAGGUCCUGGAAGUGGUCCAUAUGGUAGAGGCCCUCGUGGGCCUCCACGUGGAUUAGACAAUGUCCGGGGGAUCGAUCACAGUUCUCUUCCUGCAUGUGGCUCUUGCUGCGGUUGAAUAGUGCACUUGGUAUCAAAGAGCAUAUUUUGCAAAUUAAACGUAAAACGUUAAUGUUGUGCUUAUAGUUGGAAUUCCUCUGGUGCGUAUGAAAGUUAAAAUGUACAUCUGUUAUCUGGAAGAUUUGAGGCUUUAAUGUGUAAUGGAGAUUUUUUGAACCUUAACAUGGGCUCAAAGUCUUGUGUGUCCAAAUAAUGUCUCAGUUUGAGCUGUUUGUUAAUGUGAUCUCUUGAGCUGGUUCUGUCUAUGCUAGGUCUGCACAUUUAAUGCCUACGUAUUUUAGGAUUCUCUUUUUCUGGCUA